GUGAAAAACAAAUAUAAAUACAAAAAAAUCGAUCAUGGUCAUAAAUAAAUGUUUCAGACCGGAUCUUAACAUCAAGAUUCUUUUGUCAAAACAAUGCUAUGUUCUGUUCUGAUUCAGUAUAGGAGGAAUAGAGCAUCGUCUCAAGAGAAAGAUCAAUAAUAUAUACUCUAUCGGUUGAAAGAUUAAUGUUUUAGAAAUAUACAUUUUUAUAUUCUCUAUGCAUUUUGAUUAGUAAAAUAUCUUAGGAUAGUACUAAACUGUUUUAUCAUAAGAAUAAUUUCCAAAGUUAAAAUAAUAAGUUUAAAAAUAUUUUCAAAAAUAAUUUUUAGAUCUCUAAAUAAAAUUUUUAGAUUUCUAAAUAAAAUUUCGAAAAUGAAUAUAUCUUUAAUUAUUUAUUUAAAUUUUAUUUAAAUUUAAUACUUAUAGAGUAAAGAUAUAAUUGUCAUCUACUUCUUUAAUCUAAUUUCUUUUUGUUAUUUUCAUGUUUGUGUGUUUCUAAAAGACAUUUUUUAGAUUUUUUUUGGGAGAUUUUCCAUUUUGAUUAAGUAAAGAGUAUUUAAUAUUUAAUGGCAGAGAACUUUUUUUUUGGGACAAAUGAUAGAGAACAUUAAAGCUGUAUAUUGGCACGUGGUCUCGAACGUUGAACUUAUUCUGGAAGUCAACAUAAGCAGAGGUUAACCAUCUGAUUGAUCAUUUUGUUGCACAAGUACCAAGAAGACUUUUCUUUCUAGCAGCAAAAUAACAGUUGUCAUUGACUGAUUGCUCUGUGCAACUGUUUGAUGGAAAAUAAAUGCAUGUGCUUAAGGUAGUCGCCACGUAUAAGCCGACAAAGGCUUCAGGGUAACGGUUAGUCUGUUGGACCUAGUUCUAAUCAUAACGUGCUUUGUUUUUAUUUUCUAAUUUUAUUGUCUAUAGUUUGCUUGACCAAUCCGGGACCAGAAACCACCUCCAUAUUUGUCAUUCACUUGUACCACAAAGAGUCUGAUUGGUAAAAUGUAGAGUAAAACAAAUAGCAUAACAUAGAGUAAUUGAGUGGAAAAAAAAAUGAAAUAUUAAUGUUACUCCCAAUUACGUUUGAAUAAGGAAGAGGGAUAGUAUUUGUAAUAAAGUAAGAGAGAGAAGAGAUAUUAGCGAAAAAGAGAGUAAAUUUUAGUUUUUAUCUUUCCAUCUGAUUGGAUGCAAUUUGGUGGAACCGAGAGUAAAUGUACCAUCCAAUCAUACUCAAAAUUAAACUGAUGCACGAUCAAAGUCAUGGUCGACAUCGUGUCACUGAUGAAUUAUGUUAUUAUUUCAGUUUCAUAAAAGAAAAUGUUUUCACGGUUUCCGAUCGUUUUAGUAAUUAUUUGUGAGCGAGAUGUGAUUGACGCAUCAUUUGGAUCAUGGCGAGAUGUGAAAAGAAAACGGGGUUGGAAAUCAACAGUACUACUCCAAUUCUCAAGACAAUUAUAACCUAGUAACUCCUAGUGUAGGUCGACAGUAUUAAUUGGAAGAUAUGGUUCUCUAGACUCUGAUAGAAUGAAAACCUAGGAGUCUUCAUUAAAAUUUUUUUGAAGCAAGACUACAAUCUCUACAUUUUCUAAUAUUAUUAGUUGCAUGAGCUUUUUAGCAACUCUUACGAAGGUCAGGUGAACGAUGAGACAAUACACAUACACGACUAGACCUGUUUGUAGGUUUUAAAGGUACACAAAUAUCAAAUUUACAUUCAUGAGAGUUUGCAAUUUUUUUAGAAAAUUAUAGCUUUAUAUGGUAUAUCUCUUUUUUGGUUGCUCCUUUGUGUAAGGGAUGUUAGCGUUAAGAUCGUUCUUUGGAUAGAUAAACUACAUACUGGGAAAAAGUGGGAUCAGCAUUUGAUAUAUAUUUUUGGUCAAACAUUCAGCGAACCACUUGAAUACAAUUGUGAAACCUUUAGUUUACUUGUCCAUGUUCUACUUCUUCAACAACCGGAGAUCUAGUUUCGAUGGUUUAGUGUUUCUGAGAUGGGAUUAGAGUAUGGAUUUAGGGUUUUGAAUAAUUUAAUCAUUAAUUAAACUUUUUAAUUAAUGUUGUUUUGAAGAUUUUUCUCAUUGUGUGAUAUUUUCUGAUUUUGUUUGAGCUAUGUAGGGAUUUUUCCAACGAAAAACAUGUCCGAAUCUUGAUAAUCAGUAGUAAUAUGACAUAAGGGAAUAAUCCUAUUUUUAUUGUUUGCUCACUCGUUUAGGACAUCUCAAGUCUUACCAGUAUACAAUAGAUAUUUAGUCAACUAAAAAAUAGUGUCUGUGGCGUAACUCUGUACGUCAUAUAUACUGUUAUAUAGUCCAUAAACAAAUACUGUAGGACUAGGAUAAACCGCUAAAACUAAAGUCAUGAAGCAAUUAUAGCUGAAAAUGAUAUGUGGUGUCAGCAAAGUUCCUUCCUAGGCUUUACUUAAUCACCACUUUCUUGAAUUGCUAUUUUUCUUCACUUAUCCACGUGUAUGGAUAAUAAAUAAAAGCAGCCGAAAAAUAAGCAGGAAAAAAAGGGUCGGUAAAUCCCACAGCCGCGCCUCCUUUUGCCUUUUAAUGGAUGCAAGCUAGCAACCAAUUGUGUAAAACCUUUAUUUUAUCAUGCUUAACCACAAAUUACAAAAAUAGAAAAUGUUAUGUGAGAACUAUGAUACUCCCUUGUUUCAUAUUAAAUGUCAUUUUGGAUUUGUGCAGACGAAUUAAAGAAACAAUUAAUUUUGUAUAUUUCUUAUAUAAAAACAUAAUUAUCAAUACACCUAACUAUAUUUCAACCAACAGAAAAAUAAAUUAUUAAAUAAAACUAAUAAAUUUUGCAUUAAAAAUCGAAAAUGACACUUAUUUUGUAACGAAAAAAAUUCUCUUCAAUAACACUUAAUAUGAAACGGAGAAAGUAGAAGAAAUAAAACGAUGUGGAGAAGUUAUUGGAUGAUAACUAUAAUAUAUAAAAGAAUAACUGAAUGACCAUAUAUACUUAUAUUUUUUAUUUUUUUUAAACUACCAUAUAUACUUAUAUACACACACACGUAUUGUGGGAGAACUCGAGAAGUUAAUUUAUGCACUGAAAGUAAGCAAGUGAAUAUGCAUUCAAAUUGUGUUGCUUCUGACAGGUUCUCAUUCUCAAGUAGACGAAUUGGAAAAUAUAAAAGAGUUUUGUUCUCCAAUGUAUUAUUUAUAAAAACAACAAAUUGCUGAAUUAUCUUAAUUUUACAAUUUUUGUAAAUUAUUAUUAUUAUAAAAUUAAACAUUUACUGUUUAAAAUUACAUUGCAUCCUUUAAAGAUAAUAAUUUUGGGUUAGUAAUUGAUAUUGAUCUACUUUUAUCUCACAAAUGAUCAACAAAUAUUUCUCACAAAAUUAUAAAUUUUGACCUUUUUGACUAAGUAACAACUGUCUACAACUUUUGACUAACUUUAGAUACUCUGAUUUCGUGAAGGGGAAGAGGUUGGUUCCUAAAAGUGUGUCGAACCCCAGGAUGGGGGAUGAAAAACAGAUAGAAAAUUUAUAUUAUCGUUGGGAACGUACAAAAUAAUAAUUACAAUAAAUAAAUUAAUUAGAUCUGUUAAAAGGAAUAUACUGUAGAUAAUUAAAUGUGUAACCGUUACCAAUGCCAUAUAGCUAGAAAGCAAAGUAAUAGUCGUCUUCCUUUUUCACUUGGUCCCCAAGCUUCUCUAGCUUCCAUAAGUUUCGGGGCGGCUGAUGGUUUAAACUACAGAUUCUAGAUUAAUGCAAAUAUUAAAUAGUGCAUAAUAAUGUUUUCAAUUAGUUAGUCUUAUCCAAUGAAGCGGAACUUACUGAUUAAUCUUUUGAUUAAUAAUUGAUUAUGCUAAAACAAUAAAGAAAGAUUUGAAGAAGAAGAAAAGAAAUAAAAAACCAACAGUACAACAUAUAUAGAAGGAAGUGAAAAACAUGAGAAACCAAAGACGGUGUCCAGACAAUCAAAUAUUCAAACCUUUGAAUGUGAAACAACAUCAUGUUCUUCAAGACAGUCCAACUUAAUUUAAUCUAAUAAUAUCAAAUUUAUUGAUCUCCAUUAUCGUAUCUUGUCCACCAUAUGUUAUACAAAUACAGACAUUACCAAUGCCAUAUCCUAAAUAUUUUCCUAAGAUUUUCCUUUAAUUGCUAUCAAACUAUCCAUCUCAUAUCAAUAUAUGACAGAACAAUUUCAGUCUCAAAAGUAAUUUUUUACUUUGAUGAGUAUAAAAAUUCCAAAUAUAAAUUAACUGCUACCAAAAUUCCUCAUACUCAUCUAGACGUACGUAGCAAAAGGAUGUGCUUACUAUAGUAAUUAUCUUAUUGUCUGUCUACUCAUUAACAAACAACUCAUGUUAAGUAAUUAAGGUCAAUGGGCGGCAAACCAUAUUUAUUUUCUUUUAAAAUUCUUAUACUAAAAUAAAAAUAUGAACAAAUUGCACUUAUACAUACAAUAUAUGCAUAUAGGUGGACGUGUAUAUAAAUAUAAGGAUUGUGUCUCACCACAACACAUAUUUUGAUAACGUUCACUUUCCAUUAUCCUCUCUAACUUCCCUCUUCUUGAUAGAUCUCUCUUGGUUGAUACUCAUGGAUCCACCAUUCAACGAAAUAUACAAAAACCUUUUGUUUAAACAGAUCACAAAUACAGAAAACAAUGUUCCCCAAAUACCCUUUAGCUUCUCUAUCACGGCUGUCGUCGAAGAGGUGGAGCUUCCACUGAUUGACGUCAGCCGACUAAUCGAUGGAGCCGAGAAGGAGAGGGAGAUAUGUAAGGAAGAGAUUGCUAGAGCCUCGAGGGAGUGGGGAUUUUUCCAAGUGAUAAACCAUGGAAUAUCAAUGGAUGUGUUGGAGAAGAUGAGACAAGAGCAAAUUAGGGUAUUUAGAGAACCCUUUGACAAGAAAAGUAAGUCGGAGAGGUUCUCCGCCGGGAGUUACCGGUGGGGAACGCCGUCAGCCACUUGUCUCCGGCAGCUUUCUUGGUCGGAAGCAUUUCAUGUUCCCAUGACAGAUAUUUCUGACAACAAGGAUUUCACUACCCUCAGAUCAACAAUGGAGAAAUUUGCUUCGGAAUCGGAGGCUCUAGCUUAUACUUUGGCAGAGGUUCUUGCAGAGAAAUCAGGAAGAAAAUCAAAUUUCUUUAAAGAAAAAUGUGUUAGAAACACAUGUUAUCUAAGGAUGAACCGUUAUCCACCUUGUCCAAAACCAUCAGAGGUGUACGGUUUAAUGCCUCACACGGACAGUGAUUUCCUCACAAUCUUGUAUCAAGACCAAGUCGGAGGACUCCAACUCAUUAAAGACAAUAGAUGGAUCGCCGUUAAACCUAACCCUCGUGCUCUCAUUAUCAAUAUCGGUGACUUAUUUCAGGCAUGGAGCAAUGGCAUGUACAAAAGUGUGGAGCAUCGUGUGAUGACGAAUCCAACGGUGGAGAGAUUCUCAACGGCGUAUUUUCUAUGUCCAUCAUACGACGCCGUUAUAGAGUGUUCAGGUGAUUGUCCUACUUAUAGAAAUUUCAGCUUCAGAGAAUUCAGACAACAAGUUCAAGAAGAUGUUAAGAAACUUGGUUUUAAAGUUGGCCUCCCUAGGUUCGUUAAUCAUCUCUACUGAUUUAUACACUCAGUUUUUAAUUUACUUUUAGAUGUUUAUGAUUUAUUGUAGUUUAUCGUUUUUAAUUACUCCUUAUUUUUCAUUAUCAUUAUUUUGUUGAUUUUUCUGAGUAAUUAUUAUUUUAUAGAUAAA